AUGUGCUCAGGCAGUGAGUCGUAUUGGAUUUUCAUCCUCCUCGCAUCGUUCCCAACAAUCACUCUCAGACGGAAGAACAAGAAGCGAAUCGGAAAGAAACUUGCUGCAUUCUAUUCUGCUCAAAAUGAUCACAUCCAAGACAUGCUCAAGCCAUUGUCCACGCUCUCUGCCGAGGGAGAACAAUCCGCUGAAGAUAUGGCACUCAAAGUCAAGAUCGCAGUGAACGCCUCGUUGAUCGCCAAUGUCUGCUUGGCGGCGCUUCAACUAUAUGCCGCUAUAAGCAGUGGAUCUUUGGCACUGUUCGCAAGUUGUAUCGAUGCCGUCGACCCGGUGGCCAACCUCAUCCUGUAUAUGGCGCAUAGAGCUUCCGAUCGAGCAGAGGAGAAGAAAUGGCCUGUGAGAGGAUCUAGAUUCGAGACGAGUGAGUGCAAAGCUGUCUACGCAUUCAUUAUGGCUGCAGUCAACUUGAUCCUGAUCGUCGAGUCAAUUCAAAAUCUGGUGACAUAUGACGGGAGCGAGACGAAGAAAUUUCACGUCCCAUCCAUCAUCGCUGUUGGUGUAGCUUUCGUCACAAAGCUCUUCUUGUUCUUGUACUGUCUCGCCAUCCGAAAGGCGUCAUCACAGGUUCAAGUGCUGUGGGAAGACCACCGGAAUGAUCUCCUCACCAACGGUUUCGGUAUCCUAACCUCCGCUGGAGGAAGCAAGUUGGCAUGGUGGCUUGACCCAAUGGGAGCCAUGAUGAUCGCCGUGACCAUCAUUAUAGUGUGGUCAAGAACCAUUCACGAGCAAUUCACUUAUCUGGCGGGAAUCGUCGCCCCGGUGGAGUAUCAAAACCUCGCAAUGACAUUCUCCCCGGACAUUCGACAAGUCGAUACCUGUCGUGUGUAUCAUUCGGGCCCAAAUUACUUUGUCGAACUUGACAUUGUGCUACCUCCUGAGAUGCCAUUGUGGAGAGCACAUGACAUCGCUCAGGAUCUGCAGGAUCAAGUGGAGGCUUUACCUGAUGUGGACAGGUGUUUCGUACAUGUUGAUCACGAAGUUUCACACAAGCCGGUGAGUGGUAUCGAAGGGAUGUACGGGAUCGUUUACUGA